CCGCCUCGCCUGACUCGCGGUGCUCAGAAGAAAGGUGGCAGUAAUGCUAACACUGGCUAGCAAGCUGAAGCGGGAUGAUGGUAUCAAAGGAUCCCGGACAUCAGCCUCCACAUCUGACUCCACUCGGAGGGUUUCUGUGAGAGACAAGUUGCUUGUUAAAGAGGUUACAGAACUUGAAGCUAAUUUACCCUGUACGUGUAAAGUACAUUUUCCUGAUCCAAAUAAGCUUCAUUGCUUUCAGCUGACUGUAAGCCCAGAUGAGGGUUACUACCAGGGUGGAAAAUUUCAGUUUGAAACUGAAGUUCCUUAUGCCUACAACAUGGUGCCUCCCAAGGUGAAAUGCUUGACUAAAAUCUGGCACACCAACAUCACAGAAACAGGGGAAAUAUGUCUAAGUUUAGUAAGAGAACAUUCGAUUGAUGGCACUGGCUGGGCUCCCACUAGGACAUUGAAGGAUGUUGUUUGGGGCUUAAAUUCAUUAUUUACUGAUCUUUUGAAUUUUGAUGAUCCACUGAAUAUUGAAGCUGCUGAACAUCAUUUACGAGACAAGGAGGAUUUCCGGGACAAAGUGGAUGGAUACAUUAAACGCUAUGCCAGAUGAUAAGAGGAGAGAUUGCAGGUCUGAGGACUGUCACAGUUGUCUCUGAUGUGAAACAGCUCGAGGUAGCCCUCCUCCCCAUCCUCAUACUCCCUGUCAGCCCCUUGGGAUUGUCCCAGUCUUGCGACCAUGUUGUCCUGAAGAAGACCAUCCUCCUGACUACACAAUACAGCAAGAAAAUAUGUCUGGACCUCGAGAGCAUUGUCUGCUUCCCUUAAAAUGUUUACUGAAACUCCACUGUCUAGGCUGUGGGAUUCCUCCGAAGUUUUAAUGAACUCACCAUUGAGGAUAGCGCUUGCUUCCCUUCCCCCCAACAAAAUCGGUGUCCUGCACAAGUGAUGUAAUGACAUGUUCGGUGUGACUGGCAGAUUGGCAAUAAGAAACCCGC